GAGAUUUGGGAUACUGCUGGAAGCCGAUUGCUGUGUGAUUGCUGAAUUAGUGUAUACUCUAGGGUUCUGGCAGUGUUCAGCCUGUCACUGGCACAUUACGCUCCAGAAGUCGGAUGGUUUGCUUUGAGGAUAAGCCAAGAAACAUGUUAAUCGAUUCCUAGUACCCUUCCGUAUGUGUUUGAACCUCGACUUAGAUGAGUAAAUUAGGCUUAAAUGUUUUCAGAAGUAGGUCACAAGAGUUAGCUGCCAUUUGGGAGGUUUUUAUUCAUUAUAUAUGGGGUCCUUUCUUGGCUUUUGAACAAAAUUCCUGUCCUUUCAGCUUCCAUAUCCUGAAACAAAUAGAAAAUAAAAGAUAUAUCAAUUUAUAGACCAUAGUAUUGUUAUUAGAUCAGUGAGGUCGUUUUGUUUCGUGACCGUUUAGUACUCUUUAGUGUCUAUUCAUACAGGGUAGUUUAUGUAUGGAGUACCAUUACGCUGUCAAAGGACCGUAAAGGAGUUAAGGAUAAUAUGAAGAGUGAGUUGUCCAAACAGUGUACUCUCCGAACCAUUGCGGUGAGACUUUUCAUUCGUUAACAAGGGAAAGAAUUAAGUUGUCAGUGGCUCUAAUUAAUCUACAUUAUUUUCAAAUAUUGGAAGCAUUUAACUAGAAUGAAAGGCAAAUAAAAAUGCAGCCUUAGUUACUUGUUUAUGUAUGGAGUUGCUAAUUUCUGCAUUGCCUGUAUAAGUAUCAUGGUUGUGAUUUGUACUAACAGUUGAGUAUUUCAAAUCCUGAUCUUUUAGAAAUUAAGUAGGUCACACUGCCGCAUGAUUAAUGAUAUUUAUCAUCAGUAGAUGUAUACAGUUGUAUCACUUCAUUACUGUAAUACUAGGUUUGUGUUUUAAUAUUUCUGCUCACAUCUGUAUAGCCCACACUGAUUUCUGAGGUCCUGUUUUUCCAACUGAUGGCAGAUGUAGUUGGUGUCAGAUAUUUGUAAUAAGAAGGAUAGUGUGACAGUGACAGCUCAGCUGGUCUACUUUCUUACCCUGUCUACCUGUCGGCGUUAGUUCUGAUGAGCUACUCGUAUCUUUAUCUUUCUGGGAGAUUUCCUUUACGCUGAACGUCUCAGGAUUUCUGUUCACUAAAACAAGUUAUUUGAAAUCAACACAAGACGUAUCUGUCUUAGCUUAUCAAAUCCAUUAUUCAAAGAAAUGAGGUGAAUAACGUCAAAAUAUGUUCUUCGUUUGCCUUCACUUGCUGCACGUAGAAACCAGACGUCAAAUUAUUGAAACAUCCAUUUUUUGAUAUUACGACAAAAUUGAAUUAUCGGACUGAUUCCACUAUGAGGCACCGAAGCACACCUUGAAAGCCACGCUUGUUUCCCGAGUGUUAAAUUUAAUCGUAGAAUAGUGAUAUGAAAGCAAUCACCUUUCAGCCAGCAGGUCGUGGAUCCGAACUCCACCUCAUUUGUAUCAAUCGGGGAAAACAGGUAUUACCACUGGCUUUAACAUAAAGUGUAGCUUAAAGCAUGGCUAAAUUGUUUAUGCCCGGUAAGUAGUUCUAGCUGUAGUAACUUGUUUCGGGUUAGAUUUUAAUACCAUCAGCUUAUAGUAAGUAGCUUAGUGGACUUAGGACUUGAACCUGUGACCUUACAUAUAGUAGUUGGCUAUGUAAAUAACCAAAUGUUAAUAUCCACACAUGUUUAACUAGCCAUAAUUUUCUGUAUUGGCUAUUGAAACCUAACAUUUCCUUUACAUUCAGGACAAGAGCGUUAUCAUAGUUUGGCCCCUAUGUACUACAGAGGAGCCCAGGCAGCCGUUGUCGUUUACGAUAUUACUAACCAGAACUCAUUUGAACGUGCAAAAUCCUGGGUUAAUGAACUUCAAGAGAAAGCAAAUACUAGUGGGGUGAUUGCACUUGCAGGAAACAAAGUGGAUCUCGAAGGACAGCGAGCUGUUUCGUUCGAGGAAGCACAAGAAUACGCCGAUAAAAAUAGAUUACUAUUUAUGGAGACGUCAGCCAAGAUUUCAACUAAUGUCUCCGAAUUAUUCACUGCCAUAGCUCGGGAAUUACUUAGUCAUGCAGAGCCAUCUAGACCUUCUGGGGGACAACAGCUUACGCCAAACGAUUCGCCUACACAACAAAGACAGUGUUGUAGAUAGUCCUGAUUCAUCCACUCAAUAUUUUCCUAUUACGUGGGUAUAUCACAUGUUUUUCCAAUCCUCCAGUCUUUAAUGUCAUUAUCUUGCGUGUUCAGUCUCUUUCAACUAAUGAUUUUGCUUUGUAGUCAUAUUGGUCACAUUUUUACGCAUACGGGUUGCUGUAAUUUCUGUUGAAGAAGUUAAUUGACCUUCAGAUCUCGAAUCAAACUGUCACAUGCUAUAUUAUUUUUACCCAGUAUGCUAAAUACUUCCUUACUUGCAUCGGAUUUACAUAACUAUGGGUCAUACAAAUUUUUAAUCUACAUUAUUGUUUAAUGAUUUAUUGGAGCCGUUUGUGUAACUAAAAUAUAUCGUUUUUCUCUCCUCGAUAAAAUGCUUACGACCUUCAUUCCACUCGUCCACUCAUGAAUAUAAUUGUACUAUGUUGUUAUUUUACUUCAUAUGUUUGAUCAUCGAAUCAUCCAACUAUAUCCUUCUCACGCUCUCCAUAUAUAUAUAUAUAUAUAUAUA